CUCUCUCUCUCUCUCUCUCUCUCUCUACAGUUCUACGGCCUCGAGAUCAAAAAUAUCUGCGAAAGAGACCCCAUGAGCAAAAGCGUGAGUGACGGCGGCACGCCUCCGCUCACCUAACCAAGCCCGUCGCCCGUCCUUAAACAAAGCCUUCUCGCCUCGCUCGCAUCACGGCCCCUUGCUCCUUAUCACCUCCUACCUCACUCCCUCUCCCCCCACCUCCCGCCGCCGCCAUGGCCCAAGCCUGGGCCUUCCUCCUCCUCCCGGCGCUCGCCCUCGCCUCCUACGCCUCCCACCUCCUCCUCCCCGCCUAUAUAACCACCCCCCUCUGCGGCGGCGGCGAUGGAGCCAGAUCCUUCUUCCUCUGCGCGCAGGCACCCAAGGACCAGGACCAGGACCCAUCUCCUGCCAGCACCAUGUACAAGACCGCCUUCCACUUCCAGCCCGCCAAGAACUGGAUGAACGAUCCAUCUGGACCGAUGUACUUCAAUGGCAUCUACCAUGAAUUCUACCAGUAUAACCUCAACGGCCCCAUUUUUGGUGACAUAGUUUGGGGCCAUUCGGUUUCAACAGACCUCGUCAACUGGAUUGGGCUUGAACCCGCGUUAGUACGGGAUACCCCAAGUGACAUAGACGGUUGCUGGACCGGCUCAGUCACCAUUCUGCCCGGUGGUAAACCGGUCAUCAUAUACACUGGUGGCAACAUAGAUCAACAUCAGACGCAAAACAUCGCGUUUCCCAAAAACCGGUCUGACCCGUACCUGAGGGAAUGGAUCAAAGCAGCCAAUAACCCGGUGCUCCGACCGGAUGAACCAGGGAUGAACGUGAUUGAGUUCAGGGAUCCGACAACCGGUUGGAUCGGACCGGAUGGACAUUGGAGGAUGGCAGUUGGUGGUGAGCUGAACGGCUACAGUGCUGCACUUUUGUACAAGAGUGAAGACUUUCUGAAUUGGACAAAAGUUGAUCACCCACUGUAUUCACAUAAUGGAUCCAAUAUGUGGGAGUGUCCGGAUUUCUUUGCGGCAUUGCCGGGCAAUAAUGGUGGACUGGACCUGUCCGCAGCGAUCCCGCAAGGCGCCAAGCAUGCCCUCAAAAUGAGCGUGGAUUCCGUUGACAAGUACAUGAUUGGGGUGUAUGAUCUUCAACGUGAUGCCUUUGUGCCAGAUAAUGUCGUAGAUGACCGUCGGCUGUGGUUGAGGAUAGAUUACGGCACUUUCUAUGCUUCAAAAUCAUUCUUCGACUCGAAAAAGGGCAGGAGGAUUGUAUGGGGUUGGUCCAGGGAGACAGAUAGUCCUUCAGAUGAUCUUGCAAAGGGUUGGGCAGGACUCCAUACAAUCCCCAGGACAAUUUGGUUAGCCGCCGAUGGCAAGCAGUUGUUACAAUGGCCAGUUGAGGAGAUUGAGUCCCUUCGAACAAAUGAAAUCAACCAUCAAGGACUAGAGCUCAACAAGGGAGACCUAUUUGAGAUUAAGGAAGUUGACGCCUUUCAGGCUGAUGUAGAGAUAGAUUUUGAGCUGGCGUCCAUCGAUGAAGCCGAACCUUUUGAUCCUUCCUGGCUUUUGGACCCCGAGAAGCAUUGUGGGGAAGCGGGUGCAUCGGUUCCUGGUGGUAUAGGUCCAUUUGGACUUGUUAUUCUGGCCUCCGACAACAUGGACGAGCACACUGAGGUGUAUUUCAGAGUGUACAAGUCACAGGAAAAGUACAUGGUACUCAUGUGCUCUGACCUAAGAAGGUCUUCCCUGAGACCAGGACUGGAGAAACCAGCCUAUGGAGGCUUCUUUGAAUUUGAUCUUGCAAAGGAAAGGAAGAUAUCACUCAGAACCCUGAUUGACCGGUCGGCGGUGGAGAGCUUCGGUGGCGGGGGUAGGGUUUGCAUCACAUCCAGAGUUUAUCCGGCGGUGCUCGCCAACGUCGGCAGGGCACACAUUUACGCUUUCAACAACGGAAAUGCCAUGGUCAGGGUGCCACAGCUCAGCGCAUGGACCAUGAGGAAGGCACAAGUGAAUGUGGAGAAGGGUUGGAGUGCUAUUUAAAGCAGAGGAGCAAUUCGAUUUUCUCGAUUCUUUUACUAUCAUUCAUGAGCAUUGCCUGGCAGAAAUAAGGACAUUCAGCAGGAAAAAAUAGCCUGUCAUUUCUUUGAUGAUCUCUAGUAUUCAUAUAUUGUAGUUACUACUUAGUAAGCCCUUCCCAUCUCAAUUACUUGUACCAAUUCAAUUACUUGUACCAAUUUUUAUAGAAACGCACACUAGUCAUAAAAUUCACGGGAUGAGUACUUUAGUCACACAUAAGAAUCUCUUGAAAUGUUUUGAAGUGGCUA